AUGGAGCUCCGCAAGCAAACCAUUGUUGGUAGCGGCGUCGACCAAACGAUGGAGAACCCCCAUGGCUAUGACGCAUACCAUCAGCGACAAAUGGUCGCCUUGGUGAAUGCCUCGGUGAUGUUGGACUUCCUCUCCUGCCACGUCGUUGACAAGAACACAGGAGUUCGAAGUAGACCAAAGAAGGCUGGUAGGUUCCAUCCAUCUGUUUCAACCAUUGAUGUUUUAGUAUUUCAGUCACUCACCACAGUUCUUGGGUCAUGUCUUCGAAACGUAAUCUGCCAAUCAAUUGUAUUAUUUGAGGACCUCUUGGUGUCUACCACACUUCCCAUGGAUGAUACAUUGAACCUAUACACUUACGCAAUCCUGCGGUUGACUCCUAGUGCUUUAUCUUCCAACGGGAAUUCAUGGUCCUAUUUGCGGAAAGGGGGUUAUGUUAAUGCUGACACCACUUUAAGUUCGGCAAAUGGAGCAGCUUCAGCAGAAAGGUACAGUAGCCGAUCUCGUGACACUUCUCCUGGUGGACAAAAUCAGAUGCACCAUAAUUUCAGGCCUCUUCAGCGUGAGAAAUUAUCCAAGGGAAAAGAUGGUUUUGUUGCUGCUGACUUUGUAACUACAGAAAUUCGUGGUGCUGUACCAUUGAAUCCAAUACUGUGGUUCCAUCAGGCAGAGGAGCGCAUGUAUUUAUGUGUUUAUCAGCAUAAGAACCUUACUAUCUUGCUAGUGAUUCCAGCUUCCUCACUGAUAAAUGGAGAAGAGGGUAUUGCUCAUGUGAAGAGGCAUCUUCUUGAAAAUGCCUCACAGAACAUUGUCACUGUUGAACAAAAAUUAUCACGAGGAUGGGGAGGAGAAAAUGCCUAUCAUGUCGGUGGAUACCGUUAUAUACUCUCUGAUCCAAACAGAAAAGUAUCAAGAGCCUCCCCACCUGGGAAAGUCAUCACCCUGUCAAAGUUUGAGUGCGAUCUUGGCAUUCCCUCAUGGCAGCAGUUCAAGGAGCUUGAGGACUUUGCGCCCCAAGAUGCACCUCUGGAGGAUGAACCAGAGACACCACACAUCUUGCUUCACGCUAUCACUGGGCUCUGGAAUAUCCGCGUGACUGACACCAUACAACUGCGCGUCACCAUCGACACUCGUACCUUCAUUGCCUUACUGGACACAGAUCCGGCACACAGUUUCAUCGACUCAACCGCGCUUGAUGCCCUCGUCCUAACUCCAGAGUCUCGUAACGGGGACAAAGUCGCUAGCGUCGGCCUAUAUCGUGGAUUGACUGCUUCUGGAUCCGCGAUCGACUGCUUCGUGCUUCCACUUGGCGACUUUGACUGGCUUUAUUCCCUCAGAUUAAUUUGUGGGAUUUCAAUUGCCACAACGUUGUCUGGUCUUUUUUAUAUAAACAGUAGGGAUUCUCUACUUGCCCUCAACAGGCUAAGAGGAGAAAUAGAUCUAGAGAAGUCAAGAGCUAAGAGGAGUGACCCUACCCAUGACAAGGAUUAUGAAGUAUGCAUCAGAGCAAAAAAUAAUGCAUGGAUUAUUGCUAAAAUUUCCCGAGGAAAAGAACUCUAUAUGGCUAUAGAGAAGGGUGGCGAAACACUUCUCUAUGCAUCUACAGCUGUUGAGAAGUUUAGCAACAGUGACCAUGUUAAGAAAUUUAGCAACAGCUGCCAUUUGAAAUAA